AUGCCGUUCACCAAACUUGUCAAGAACUCUCCUUAUUUCUCCCGCUUCCAGACCAAGUACAAGCGCAGACGCGCGGGUAAGACCGACUACUACGCCCGCAAGCGGCUCAUCUCUCAAGCCAAGAACAAGUACAACGCCCCUAAGUAUCGUCUGGUUGUCCGCUUCACCAACCGCGACAUCAUCUGCCAGCUCGUCACCGCUGAGCUCACCGGAGACAAGGUCCAUGCUGCGGCCUAUGCCCGCGAGCUGAAGAGAUAUGGCAUCGAGAACGGCCUCACUAACUGGUCUGCUGGCUACGCCGUCGGUCUCCUGCUGGCCCGUCGUGUCCUGAAGAAGUUUGAGCUCGACGAGGACUUCACCGGUGUUGAGGAGCCUGAUGGAGAAUUCACAUUGACCGAGGCUGCUGGCGAGGGUGACGAUGAGCGCCGUCCUUUCAAGGCCUUCCUUGAUGUUGGUCUCCACCGUACCUCCACUGGUGCCCGUAUCUUCGGUGUCAUGAAGGGCGCCUCCGAUGGUGGCCUGUACAUUCCUCACAAUGAGAAGCGGUUCCCUGGCUACGAUCCCGAGGGCAAGGAGCUGGAUGCCGAGACCCUCCGCAAGUACAUCUUCGGUGGCCAUGUCGCUGAGUACAUGGAGACUCUCCAAGAUGACGAUGAGGAGCGCUACAAGACUCAAUUCGCUGGCUACAUUGAGAAUGACAUUGAAGCUGAUGGUAUUGAGGAUAUCUAUGCUGAGGCUCACAAGGCGAUUCGUGAGGAUCCUUUCAAGAAGGAUGAGGAUGCAGGUGACAAGAAAGACAAGGAGUUCUGGAAGGCCGAGGGCAAGAAGUACCGCACCGAGAAGCUGUCCAAGGAGGAGAAGGACGCCCGUAUCAAGCAGAAGAUUGCCGACCUGGCUUCAUAA